UCGGGGGCGGAGCCGGCUGGAACAGUGAAUGGGAGCGUGGGUCAGCCAUCUCCGCCGCGGCGGCUUCAGCAGCCAGCGCCGGGCCGGGCCGGGGGCUGCAGGGGCAGCGCCAGCGCCAGCGCCCGCGCCCCGUCUCAGCUGCCACCCUGAGUUCGUUUUGGAGGUGGAUAGCUACUCAAAUUGCAGCGAUUACGAGAGUGCUAAGAGCCCACUUUGGAGUCACUAUGGAGGAGUCUUCCCCUACCACAAAGCCCCUGGAGUUGAACCUGCAUUCUCAUUUCAUCCUUGGCUCUGUGUCUGAGGAUAACUCAGAGGAUGAGACGAGCUCCUUGGUGAAACUUGAUCUGCUUGAGGAGAAAGAGAGGUCUCUGUCUCCUGUGUCUGUCUGUUCAGAUUCCCUUUCGGAUCCGGGACUGUCUAAUGUUCAAGAUGUCCUGGCUAGUCAUAUUAGGCCCAGUAUGUCCGGCUUGCACCUUGUAAAGCAAGGCCGGGACAGGAAGAAAGUUGAUCUACAGAGGGAUUUCACUGUGGCCUCCCCUGCAGAAUUUGUUACUCGUUUUGGGGGGAAUAAAGUUAUCGAGAAGGUUCUUAUUGCCAAUAAUGGGAUUGCGGCAGUGAAAUGUAUGAGAUCCAUCCGACGCUGGUCCUAUGAGAUGUUUCGAAAUGAGCGUGCAAUCAGGUUUGUUGUCAUGGUGACUCCUGAAGAUCUGAAAGCAAAUGCAGAGUACAUUAAAAUGGCAGAUCACUAUGUCCCGGUGCCAGGAGGAACAAACAACAAUAACUAUGCAAAUGUGGAACUCAUUCUUGAUAUUGCUAAACGGAUUCCAGUGCAGGCAGUGUGGGCUGGCUGGGGGCAUGCCUCCGAGAACCCCAAACUACCAGAACUCCUCCACAAAAAUGGAAUUGCCUUCAUGGGGCCCCCAAGCCAGGCUAUGUGGGCUUUAGGAGAUAAAAUUGCAUCCUCGAUAGUGGCCCAAACUGCGGGCAUCCCAACUCUUCCAUGGAGCGGCAGUGGCCUCCAAGUGGACUGGCAGGAGAAUGACUUUCAGAAGCGCAUCUUAAGUGUGCCCCAGGAGCUGUAUGAAAAAGGCUACGUGAAAGAUGUGGACGAUGGGUUACUGGCAGCUGAAGAAGUUGGCUACCCGGUCAUGAUCAAGGCCUCUGAAGGAGGAGGAGGAAAAGGAAUCAGGAAAGUUAACAAUGCGGAUGACUUCCCCAACCUUUUUAGACAGGUUCAAGCUGAAGUGCCAGGUUCCCCGAUCUUUGUGAUGAGGCUAGCCAAGCAGUCUCGCCACCUGGAGGUGCAGAUCCUGGCGGAUCAGUACGGCAAUGCCAUCUCCCUUUUUGGCCGUGACUGCUCAGUGCAGCGCAGGCACCAGAAGAUCAUCGAAGAGGCUCCUGCAACUAUUGCUACCUCAGUGGUGUUUGAGCAUAUGGAACAGUGUGCCGUGAAGCUCGCCAAGAUGGUGGGGUAUGUGAGUGCUGGUACAGUGGAAUACCUCUACAGCCAGGAUGGUAGCUUCUACUUCCUGGAGCUGAAUCCCCGGCUGCAGGUGGAGCACCCCUGCACAGAGAUGGUGGCUGAUGUCAACCUGCCUGCAGCACAGUUACAGAUUGCCAUGGGGAUUCCCCUCCACAGGAUCAAAGAUAUCCGAGUAAUGUAUGGUGUGUCUCCUUGGGGUGAUGUACCCAUUGACUUUGAGAACUCAGCCCAUGUCCCCUGUCCACGGGGUCAUGUGAUCGCUGCUCGUAUCACCAGUGAAAAUCCAGAUGAGGGUUUUAAACCCAGCUCUGGAACAGUCCAAGAACUGAACUUUCGCAGCAAUAAGAACGUCUGGGGUUAUUUCAGUGUUGCUGCUGCAGGGGGGCUUCAUGAAUUUGCUGACUCUCAGUUUGGUCACUGCUUCUCUUGGGGAGAGAACCGUGAGGAGGCCAUCUCAAACAUGGUGGUGGCUUUGAAGGAACUGUCCAUCCGAGGGGAUUUCCGAACCACUGUUGAGUACUUAAUUAAACUGCUGGAGACAGAAAGCUUCCAGCAGAACAGGAUUGACACUGGCUGGUUGGACAGGCUCAUCGCUGAGAAAGUGCAGGCAGAGAGGCCUGACACCAUGCUAGGGGUAGUGUGUGGAGCUCUGCAUGUGGCUGACGUGAGCUUCCGGAACAGUGUCUCCAACUUCCUGCACUCUCUGGAAAGGGGUCAGGUCCUGCCUGCUCAUACACUGCUGAACACAGUGGAUGUUGAACUCAUCUAUGAUGGAAGGAAGUACGUGCUAAAGGUGACCCGGCAGUCUCCCAAUUCCUAUGUGGUCGUCAUGAACAACUCUUACGUGGAGGUUGAGGUACACCGAUUGAGUGACGGAGGGCUGCUCUUAUCCUAUGAUGGGAGCAGCUACACAACCUACAUGAAAGAAGAAGUGGACAGCCACUCUGCAGCCUCAUCCUUCCAGAAUUUACCAGACUGGAUCAUAUUGGGGGUCCAUUGGGUCCAGCAUCCAGGCUCCCUCAGUGACCAAUUACCCACUGAUUCAGAAGAAGCAAUGUUGUACCGCAUCACCAUAGGUAACAAGACCUGCGUGUUUGAGAAGGAAAACGAUCCGUCUCUCCUUCGUUCCCCCUCGGCUGGGAAGCUCAUCCAGUAUGUGGUGGAGGAUGGGGGACACGUAUUCUCAGGCCAGUGCUUUGCUGAAAUUGAGGUGAUGAAGAUGGUGAUGACGCUGACAGCAGCAGAAUCAGGCUGCAUCCAUUAUGUCAAACGCCCUGGGGCAGUGCUGGAUCCUGGCUGUGUAAUUGCUAAACUACAGCUGGAUGAUCCCAGCAGGGUUCAACAGGCUGAUCUGCAUACAGGCACCUUACCACAGAUCCACAGCACAGCUCUCCGAGGCGAGAAGCUCCAUCGUGUCUUCCAUUGUGUCCUCGAUAACCUGGUCAAUGUGAUGAAUGGUUACUGUCUGCCAGAGCCCUACUUCAGCAGCAAGGUGAAGGACUGGGUUGAGCGGCUAAUGAAGACCCUGAGAGACCCAUCUUUGCCUCUCCUGGAGCUUCAGGACAUCAUGACCAGUGUCUCUGGGAGGAUCCCACCCAAUGUGGAGAAGUCCAUCAAGAAGGAGAUGGCCCAGUAUGCUAGCAACAUCACAUCGGUCCUUUGCCAGUUUCCGAGCCAGCAGAUCGCCAACAUCUUGGACAGUCAUGCAGCCACACUGAACCGCAAGUCUGAGCGCGAGGUCUUCUUCAUGAACACCCAGAGCAUCGUGCAGCUGGUGCAACGGUAUCGGAGUGGUAUUCGAGGCCACAUGAAGGCUGUGGUGAUGGAUCUGCUCCGUCAGUACCUAAAGGUGGAGACUCAGUUCCAGCAUGGUCACUAUGACAAGUGUGUCUUCGCCCUUCGGGAAGAGAACAAAAGUGACAUGAAUGCUGUAUUGAACUACAUCUUCUCUCAUGCUCAAGUUACCAAGAAGAACCUCCUCGUAACGAUGCUCAUUGAUCAGCUGUGUGGCCGAGACCCCACCUUGACAGAUGAAUUAAUUAAUAUUCUAACUGAGCUGACCCAGCUCAGCAAGACAACCAAUGCAAAAGUGGCCCUGCGAGCGCGUCAGGUUCUCAUUGCUUCCCAUUUGCCGUCAUAUGAGCUGCGUCACAACCAGGUGGAGUCCAUCUUCCUGUCAGCCAUUGACAUGUACGGACACCAGUUCUGCAUUGAGAAUUUACAGAAACUCAUUCUGUCUGAAACAUCCAUCUUUGAUGUGCUACCAAAUUUUUUCUACCAUAGUAACCAGGUAGUGCGAAUGGCAGCUCUGGAGGUGUACGUUCGAAGGGCGUACAUUGCCUAUGAGUUGAACAGUGUACAGCAUCGCCAGCUGAAGGACAACACUUGUGUUGUGGAAUUCCAGUUCAUGCUACCCACCUCUCAUCCAAACAGAGGGAACAUCCCCACGCUAAACAGAAUGUCCUUUUCCUCCAACCUCAAUCAUUAUGGGAUGGUCCAUGUAGCAAGUGUGAGUGAUGUGCUGCUGGACAACUCAUUCACCCCACCGUGCCAGCGGAUGGGCGGAAUGGUCUCCUUCCGGACUUUUGAAGAGUUUGUCAGAAUCUUUGAUGAAGUGAUGGGUUGCUUCUGUGACUCACCUCCCCAAAGUCCAACCUUUCCUGAAGCUGGCCACACUUCCUUGUAUGAUGAGGAUAAGAGUGCCCGAGAGGAGCCCAUUCACAUACUGAACAUUGCCAUUAAGACCGACUGUGACAUUGAUGAUGAUGGGUUGGCGGCCAUGUUCAGGGACUUCACACAAAGCAAGAAAUCAGUCCUGAUAGAUCAUGGGAUUCGAAGGCUGACGUUCCUUGUAGCACAAAAGGAUUUCAGGAAACAGGUCAACUAUGAGGUGGAUCAAAGAUUUCAUAGGGAAUUCCCUAAAUUUUUCACAUUCCGUGCCAGGGAUAAGUUUGAAGAAGAUAGGAUUUACCGUCAUCUGGAGCCAGCUCUGGCUUUCCAGUUAGAGCUGAACCGAAUGCGAAACUUUGAUCUUACCGCCAUUCCAUGUGCCAACCACAAAAUGCACCUGUACCUGGGAGCAGCUAAAGUGGAAGUGGGCACUGAGGUGACAGACUACAGGUUCUUCGUGAGGGCUAUUAUAAGGCAUUCAGACCUGGUUACCAAGGAGGCCUCCUUUGAGUAUCUGCAGAAUGAAGGGGAACGUUUGCUUUUGGAAGCCAUGGAUGAGCUGGAAGUGGCCUUUAAUAACACCAAUGUGCGCACUGACUGCAACCACAUCUUCUUAAACUUUGUGCCUACUGUCAUCAUGGAUCCAUCUAAGAUUGAAGAGUCUGUGCGGAGCAUGGUGAUGCGCUAUGGAAGCCGCCUUUGGAAGCUCCGUGUCCUCCAAGCAGAGCUGAAAAUUAACAUUCGCUUGACGCCAACUGGAAAGGCAAUUCCCAUCCGUCUCUUCCUGACCAACGAAUCUGGCUAUUACUUGGACAUCAGCUUGUACAAGGAGGUGACGGACGCCAGGACAGCACAGAUUAUGUUCCAGGCGUACGGAGAUAAACAGGGACCACUUCAUGGCAUGCUGAUCAACACCCCAUAUGUGACAAAAGACCUGCUCCAGUCCAAGAGAUUCCAGGCACAAUCUUUAGGGACGACUUAUAUCUAUGACAUCCCUGAGAUGUUCCGGCAGUCUCUGAUUAAACUCUGGGAUUCUAUGAGUGAAUAUGCAUUGCUGCCAACACUGCCAUUGCCUUCUGAUAUGCUAACGUAUACUGAACUAGUAUUGGAUGAUCAAGGUCAGUUGGUGCAUAUGAACAGGCUGCCAGGAGGAAAUGAGAUUGGCAUGGUGGCUUGGAAAAUUACCCUCAAGAGCCCCGAGUGCCCAGAUGGCCGUGAUAUCAUAGUCAUUGGCAAUGACAUUACGUAUCGAAUAGGGUCCUUUGGGCCCCAAGAGGACCUGCUGUUCCUUAGGGCUUCUGAACUUGCUCGCACGGAGGGUAUCCCACGAAUUUAUGUGGCUGCUAACAGCGGAGCAAGGAUUGGUUUGGCUGAGGAGAUUCGUCACAUGUUUCAUGUUGCCUGGGAAGACCCCGAUGACCCUUAUAAAGGUUAUAAAUACUUGUACCUAAUUCCUCAAGAUUAUAAGAAAGUUAGUGCCCUGAACUCAGUUCAUUGUGAGCAUGUGGAGGACGAAGGAGAAUCCAGGUAUAAGAUAACCGAUAUUAUUGGGAAGGAAGAAGGACUUGGAGUGGAGAACCUCCGAGGAUCUGGGAUGAUUGCAGGAGAAUCAUCAUUAGCCUAUGAGGAUAUUAUCACCAUCAACCUGGUAACGUGUCGGGCGAUUGGAAUUGGGGCCUAUCUUGUCCGGCUAGGACAGAGGACUAUCCAAGUAGAGAACUCCCAUAUCAUCCUGACUGGAGCUGGAGCCCUCAACAAAGUGCUCGGACGGGAGGUGUACACCUCAAACAACCAGCUGGGUGGGGUCCAGAUCAUGCACAACAAUGGUGUGACGCACAGCACUGUGAGUGACGAUUUUGAAGGCAUCUACACCAUUCUGCAGUGGCUGUCCUAUAUGCCCAAGAGCAUAUCCAGCCCGGUGCCUAUCCUCACCAUCAAGGAUCCUAUAGACAGAGUCAUUGAGUUUGUUCCCACCAAGACUCCCUAUGAUCCCCGCUGGAUGUUGGGUGGACGUCCUAGUCCAACUCAAAAAGGCCAGUGGUUAAGUGGUUUCUUUGACAUUGGAUCAUUCCUAGAGAUCAUGCAGCCCUGGGCACAAACAGUUGUGGUUGGCAGAGCUAGACUGGGAGGAAUUCCUGUAGGAGUAGUUGCCGUAGAAACCCGAACAGUGGAGCUAAGUAUCCCUGCUGAUCCUGCAAACCUGGACUCUGAGGCCAAGAUAAUCCAACAGGCUGGUCAGGUAUGGUUCCCGGACUCUGCCUUUAAGACUGCUCAGGCUAUCAAAGACUUUAACCGGGAGGGACUUCCGCUGAUGGUCUUUGCCAACUGGAGAGGCUUUUCUGGUGGAAUGAAAGACAUGUAUGACCAGGUGCUGAAGUUUGGUGCCUACAUUGUGGAUGGCCUACGAGAAUAUAGACAGCCAGUGCUUGUGUACAUCCCACCCCAAGCCGAGCUAAGAGGAGGAUCCUGGGUCGUGAUUGAUCCCACCAUUAAUCCCCGACACAUGGAGAUGUACGCAGACCGAGACAGCAGAGGAGGAGUUCUGGAGCCAGAAGGGACAGUAGAAAUCAAAUUCCGCAGGAAAGAUUUGGUGAAAACAAUGAGACGGGUGGACCCAAUCUACAGUCGUCUGGCAGAGCGACUAGGCACCCCGGAGCUAAGCCCAGCUGAGCGGAAGGAGCUGGAGACUAAGCUGAAGGAACGGGAGGAAUUCCUAAUUCCCAUUUACCAUCAGGUAGCGGUGCAGUUUGCUGACCUGCAUGACACGCCAGGCCGGAUGCAGGAGAAGGGUGUCAUUACUGAUGUUCUAGAGUGGAGAACCUCCCGUACUUUCUUCUACUGGAGACUAAGGCGUCUUCUGCUAGAAGACUUGGUCAAGCAGAAGAUCCAUGAUGCCAAUCCUGAGCUGACAGAUGGACAGAUCCAGGCCAUGCUGAGGCGCUGGUUCGUGGAAGUCGAGGGGACAGUAAAGGCGUACUUAUGGGAUAACAAUAAGGAUCUAGUGGAGUGGCUGGAGAAACAGCUAACAGAAGAAGACGGCAUUCGCUCAGUUGUGGAUGAAAACAUCAAAUACAUCUCCAGAGACUACAUACUCAAACAGAUACGCAGCUUGGUGCAGGCCAAUCCUGAGGUUGCCAUGGAUUCCAUCGUCCACAUGACCCAGCAUAUAUCCCCUACCCAGCGAGCUGAGAUAGUGCGUAUUCUUUCAACAAUGGACUCACCUCCUUCAACAUAAGAGGAUCUGUUUCCCGCCCACUUCCUUUUCCUGUGACAAAAGGCUCAGAGUUGCCCUUUGUCUGCUCAGUGGUGAACACUGUAUUGAGAAGAGGAAGCAAAAGGAAGAAUGGUAUUUUUAAUUUUUAAAAUCAGACUGACCCGAGGGAACACGCUCUCUGGCCCCAAAGACAUAAGGAAAACAAACUGCUGAGGAAUUAACUUAUGGAUGUCUAACUGUACCUUAUUUAUUUAACAAAGAGUGACUGGACCAAUGCAUCAGCUAGCUGUGUGGCUGCCCUCUGAAAACAGCAGGAAAAAGCAAUGAAGGGUACCGUGGUACCAUGAGGUCUUAGAGCAGCAAAGUAGGGGCUUUCUUACACUAUGCCCUUCUCCCACACCCCCCAGUCUGGUGAUGGUGGUCUUGUUUCAGUAGACAAAUGUGCCCGGGGCGUGCUGGCUGGUCAGGAGUUUGUUAAACGCACAUGGGAAGAUACUACAAAGAAAUGGGAAAACAGUAUUCGUUCAUGGCUCUGUUGCGCUGGGAAGGAGCUAAUCCUUCUCUCCUAUCUGAUGGUCGCAAGUUUCAUUACACAUCAGUCUUGGUUGUUUAUUUAGUACCUGUUAUUUCAGUAUUUUCAUUCCAGGAGCUAUACUGCAGGCUUUCAUGGUCUCAGACAGGGCAGAAAUGAAGUAGUAUCCUGUAAAAAGAAAAAUACUUAG